AUGGCGCUACUCUUCUGUACUUCUUUGGCGCCUAAUUUUUCCUCUGCUGCUUCAUCCUCUACAUCCCUUUAUAAACUAUCUCUGAAACAACAUAAUACAAUUCCUAAAAUUUAUCAUAUUCAUCUUCUACAUUGUCAAAGUAUAUUUUUAUCUACAACUUGUGGAAGGGGUAUCAAUAGAACAAGACUUCCUGAAAUUACUAUCAAAGCUAAGACAAUGCCGAUGCUAGAUUUUGACUUAAAUGAUACUCUUGUUGUGGAGAAUGACUGUGAACCUUUUAUUGGUCAAACUUUUGAGAGUCAAGAAGAGGCUUAUGCAUACUAUAACAACUAUGCAAAACGCCAUGGAUAUGUGGCUCGCAAAGAUCGAUCGGACACUAAUAAACAUGGAAAGACGAUUAGACGAGACUUUUACUGCCAUCGUGGGGGGAAAAAGCCUUUGAAAGUUGUUGACUUAUCCAAAUCUCAAAGGCAUAAACAAUCUUCAAAAUGUGAAUGCAAGGCACAUAUGCGUAUAACGUUGAAAAAGCGUUUCGAUAUAUUCCCGGAAGAAUGGCAUGUCACAAAGUUUGUUAAAGAGCAUAAUCAUGAAUUAUUGUCUUCUGAAGAAAUGAGAUUUUUGCCGGCUAAUCGUUCUAUUAGUCAACAGGAUGAGAAGCAAAUUUUAUUGUAUAAAGAAGCUGGACUUUCAGUUAGACAAAUAAUUCGAGUCAUGGAGCUUGAAAAGGAAAUCAAACAUGGGGAGUUGUCAUUCAUUGAAAGAGAUGUUCGUAAUUUGUUUGCUAAAGUUAAGAAAGUGGUUGGUGAUGAUGAUGUUAAGAGCCUAUUAGAGUAUAUGAAAUUGGCAAAGCAGGAAAAUAAUUUGUUUCAAUAUGCAUACACCAUGGAUAAUGAAAGGAGACUUGAACAUCUAUUUUGGUGUCAAUCUCAAAGUUUUGCAUUGUACCAAAGAUAUGGUGAUGUAGUUGUCUUCGAUACGACUUACAAAGUGAAUUCAUAUGACAUGCCUUGUGGAAUUUUUGUUGGCGUCGAUAACCAUGGAAAGACUAUUUUAUUUGGUUGUGCUCUCCUUCGUAAUGAAAAAACAUCUACGUUUAGGUGGUUGAUGAAGACUUUUGUCACUAUAAUGAAAAAUACUCCAAAGACCAUCAUAACUGAUCAGGAUCCUUGGAUGUCAGAAGCAAUUGCAACAGAAUUGCCAAGUACGAAACAUAGCUACUGUAUUUGGCAUAUAACUUCAAAAUUCAGUUGCUGGUUUUCAGCACUUCUCCGCACAGCCUAUCCAGAUUGGUGUGUGGCAUUUUAUGAGGCAUAUAAGACAACUAUACCCGAAGAGUUUGAACAUAAGUGGAAUACAAUGAUCCAUAAGUAUAAUCUAGAAGAGAAUAAACACAUUCAAGGUUUGCAAAAUGUUAAAGGAUUUUGGGCACCCGCGUAUCUUCGUGAUCAUUUUUUUGGUGGGAUGAUAACUACAGGAAGAUCAGAGAUGAUAAAUGCUUUCAUCAAGAAGUUUGUUUCUUCUAAUUUUAGUCUGAAAGAUUUUGUGAAACAGGUUGACAUCGCUAUUCAAGAAAUCGAUCAAAGACGAGUACAUAAUAACAUGACUGCCACUCUCAGACCAAUUUCUGUUAAAUCAAAGUCUCCAUUGGAAGAACAAGCUUUUAAAGUUUUUACACCAUAUGCUUUUACAAAGUUUCAAGAAGAAUUUUUCAGAGCAGGUCAGUAUUCAAUAAUACCUGCUGAAGGUAAAAUGUUUACUGUGACAUAUUUUGAAGGGGUGACUCCGAGAAAUCAUAGGGUCUUUUGGGAUGGAGUAUCGGCAUCAUGUAGUUGUAAAAAUUUUGAGUUUUGGGGUAUACUUUGUCGUCAUAUACUUCGAGUUUUCUCACAUACAGAUUGCUUUAAGAUCCCAUCAUUGUAUUUACCCCUACGUUGGCAUCAUAAGACGUUGUCGAGUUUAAUUGUUGGAGAAGAUGUUUUGCAUUCUACUAGUGAUGUUCAAACUACACAUAACAUUAUGAUGGAAAAUGAAGUUGACAACAUGGAUCAUGCAUUAACCGAUGAAAAUACAGUGCAUUUACCUCCUAAAUCCAAGAGUAAAGGACGUCCAAAGAAGCGACGUGAGAAGGGUGGAAAAGAAUUGGGGAAGAGAACUAAAUGUUGUUCUAUAUGCAAACAGGCAGGUCAUACUAAGCCUACUUGUCCUUAUAAGGAAAAUAUUUCAAGCUUGAAUGGAAAAAAAGAUAGUGUUUCAUCUUCACAAAAGAGACUUAAAAAAACACAUGAUGCGUUAGAAAUAAAUCCUAUAUUUACUUUGAAGUAUUAG